CCAGCGUUGGUCACGUGAUUACUCGACGUCUUCUUGAACAUGCCGCGAUAUUUCAGCCCGUCGUGUUGACCGAACGGGUCACGGCAGCUUUGUUUUUAGCACUUUUUCCCCCUUUUUCAUUCCUCUCACGCGGCUCCACGGACGAUGGUUCUGCUGAAGAACCUCCAUCCUCCCACCGAGGGAGUGAGACACGAGCAGGCCGAGACCACGGCCGUGAUGGACGGCCAGUGGCUCGGCUGCGGCACGCUGUACGUGGCUGAAACGCGGCUGUCGUGGUUCGACGGCUCGGGGAUGGGUUUCUCUCUGGAGUAUCCCACCAUCGGCCUCCACGCCAUCUCCAGGGACGUCAGCGCCUUCCCACAGGAGCACCUGUACGUCAUGGUCAACGGGAAACUGGGCGGUGAAAACGAGGCUGAGAUGACGGAGAGAUCAGCUGAUGAUGAUAAAGAUGAUGAUGAUGAUGAUGAUGACGACAGCAGCGGAGGAGGAGGAGGUGAUGAUGAUGACGAAGGAACGAUCACAGAGAUUCGAUUUGUUCCGAGCGACAAGGCGUCACUGGAGUCGAUGUUCUCUGCGAUGUGCGAGUGUCAAGCGCUUCACCCCGACCCCGAGGACGAGGACGACUCCGACAACGACUUCGAAGGAGAGGAGUACGACGUGGAGGAGGCCGAAGCAGAACUCGGCCACGCCGACAUCCCGUCCUUCUACACCUGUGACGAGGGUCUGUCCGCCCUCACCCAGGAGGGCCAGGCCACGCUGGAGAGGCUGGAGGGCAUGUUGGCCCAGUCCGUGGCUCAGCAGUACCACAUGGCCGGGGUCCGGACCGAAGAGGCCAAGCCAGAGUUUGAAGACGGGAUGGAGGUGGAGGCGGCGGCGAUGGAGGCCGGUCAGUUCGAAGACGCAGACGUGGAUCAUUGAUCUCAGAGCUCGUGUUUACAUCCUGGGUUCGUAGGAGAGGACGUCGUCGCUUCUCCCUUCAGGCACUUUUCUGUUCUCACGUCAAACGUUUUCUACUUAAACUCGUCUCCUCGUUGUGUUGGAGCUCACACAUUAACCUCCCGCUGUCGUUUAGUUAAAGCUUGAAAUAACAUCCCGACCCCGUUAUUGACUGUAACAAUUAAACGCUGAGUUUCUGUUUUCUGUUUUGUACCUAAAAAAAAAUCUUUGUAUGAAACUGUCAAUAAAUUAAUAGUUUUUGUA